AUGACCACCAAGCAACUCGACAUGUCCUUUGACGCAAUGUCCCUCCGUGACAACGGCCUCGCCUCGCCCAUCGACCGCCGUUUCUCUCAGUAUGGCUCCGAGCGUACCCCCUCGAGCCCCCUGACCCGCAAGUCGACCACUGGCUCCCAGCGCAACAGCGUCAGAGGAGACGGCAAGGACAACCGCCGUCAAUCCAGCCGUCUGUCUGUCGCCAACAUUAAUUGGAGCCCUUCUCAGGCUUCGCCCGUCCAGUCGCCAAUGCUGCAGCAGGAUCCCCGCCAGCAGCAGGCCCUCUACGGCUACCAGCAGCAGCAGCAGCAACAAAUGCCCAUGGUUCAGCAAGGCCCAUUCUUGAACCAGAUGCAACAACAGCAAUUGCAGCAGCAGCAGCAGCAGCAGCAGCAGCAACAGGUCGUUGAGGAACCUGCCGACACCAUCCCCACCGCCAUCGUCAUCAAAAACAUUCCCUUUGCCGUCAAGCGCGACGCUCUCUUGGCCAUCCUCGACAACUUGGACAUCCCCAAGCCUUAUGCCUUCAACUACCACUUUGACAAUGGUGUCUUCCGCGGCCUGGCCUUUGCCAACUACCGCACUGCAGAGGAGACCGAGAUGGUUGUCAAUGCCGUGAACGGACUCGAUGUCUCUGGACGCAAGCUUCGUGUCGAGUUCAAGAAGGUUAUGCCCGCUGCCGAACAGGAGAAGCGCGAGCAGGACAAGGCCGCGGCCCAGGCUGCUGAGGCCCUUCACCGUCGCGAGUUGGAGCUGAUGGAGGCGCAGCUUUUGGAGCAGGAACGCCGCGAGCAGGAGCAGCGUGAACAGGAACGUCGCCAAAUCGAACUCCAGAACCGUGAAUUCGAUCGCGAGCGUCGCAACCGUUCGUCGGUCAUGUUGGAGCGACACAACUCGGGACGUAGUUCUGAUUAUGAUGAAGCCGAUGCACGCUACUCUCCUACAGCCAAUCUGAAUCAAUUGGACUUGAACGAUGGCGAAACCCUUGCGUUUUACGACCGCUUGUUGAUGUUUAGAGGCGACUCGACCAAGGAUGACAUGAUCUUCCCCGAGAACCUUAGUGCUCGCCAACGCAAGAUCCUUCACCUGAUUGCCGACAAGCUGUCCCUUUACCACUUCAGCGAGGGCGAGGGUAAUGUGCGCAGGCUCAUUAUCAUGAAGACCCCUCCUCCCAAUGCCGUCUUUGAGGCUCCUGCUCCCAGAUCUCCCAAGCAACGUCCCAUGUCCUUUGCUGGUCGCGGAAGCUUGCGCUCCGAGAGCCCCGUCCCCAAGGCCAGAACUCCCUUGGCUGAUGCCACCAUCGGAUCUGCUUCCCCUACUCGGUCUCUCUACAGAAAGUCCAUGGUUCUGAACCCCGAGAUGACAGCCAACAUCAUUUAUCCCAUUCGUCAACCCAAGGGCCCUGAGCCUGGCAAGGUGUUUACGAUUCGCGAGCAGAAGCAGCUCCGCGAUGCCACGAUGAUCAUGCCCGCCUUCCAUGUUCGCCCUCAGCCCACCCGCACGUUUUCGGGUCGCACCGUGUCGCUCGACGUCAAGGCGCCUAGCUUCACCCCCACCAACGUUUAA